AUGGCAGACGCCGAUGUUGCAACUAGAUCUCCGGAGAGCGAUGCUCAAGAGACCGUGAUUCUAGGCGACACUCCUGCACAGACAGGUCCUACCAUGGGUGAACACUGCACUUCCGAUAGACCUACCCCUGCCGGUUUAGCUCCAAAGGGAGAACUAAGGAAACUUGGUGGAGUGGAUGUCUACCUUACAAAGCCGGAAGCAUACCCGACGAAUCCAUCGAAGCUCCUUCUUCUUCUUUCGAGCGGCACGGGAAUAAAGUCGACGAACAAUCAGAUUCAAGCGGACAAGUUUGCCGAUGAAGGUUUUGUCGUCGUGAUGCCCGACCUUUUCGAAGGCAACCCUGCGCCAAAUUCUUCUCCUAUUUCCGAAGCUGAAGCGCAAGAGACCUCAUUCCUUGACAGGCUCAAGCUCAAAGCCGUCGAGAUCGCAAAGUCGUUCGUAAUCGACGAGUGGUUAGCACGCCAUACCGAAGAAAAGGUCAUGCCCAUACUCGAGAAAGUUAUCGACGCAUGUAAAGGCGAGUUUGCGGAUGCGGUCGGUAAUGGAGGCGGCAUAUACGCCGUAGGUUAUUGUUUCGGCGGACGAUAUGUGCUCUUACUAGCUAGCGAGCGUGGUCACGCGCAGACAGGCUGGACUGGCGCACAGAAACCUGCCGACGAAGAAGCGGGCGAAGGGGCAAGCCCACCAAAGAAGGGCCCGUAUAUCAAAGCAGGUGCGCUGGCGCAUGCAACUCUGGUGUCAUCAGAAGAUUUUCAUGGAUUGAAAGUCCCUGUGAGCUUGGUCUGCGUGGAAAGCGAUCCUCUAUUUCCCGACGAAGUCCGUGAAACCGGGGAAAACAUAAUGUCCACGGAGAAUGUGGAGCAUGAAGUCCAGGUCUAUCCCGGUGUUCCGCACGGCUUCGCCGUCAUUGGAGACUACGAUGACGCCCACAUCAAGAACGCACAAAUAACGGCUUUCGAGCAGAUGUUAAGAUGGCUCAAGGAACAUUAG